CUCAGCACCGGAAGUGAGGCUAAACUUUGCUCUACACAGCGGAAAACAGCUGUUGUUUAGAAACAGGAAAAGAUAGGAUGCCUGGGCAGAAAAGAAAGAUGCCUUCUUCUGAACCUGAAGUAAAGAAAACAAAGAUAGAUCAAAGUCUCGUGGAGUCAGAUAAAACUCAGAUGCCCAAGAAGUCUUUGAGAGGAAGACCUCCAAAAAACAAAGCGUUGGAAACUCAGUCGUCUAAGCAGAAACAUAAAGCACAGCCGAGGGAAGAAAAUGGAAAACCUGUUCGACGGUCGUCUCGCUUGAAAACGCCACAAAAGAAAAGCACAAGAGGAAGGCGGCGGAAAGAUGAGGGGAAGCCGAAAGUCUCUGGAGAUAAAAAAUCUCAAAAUAUGUCUGUCUUGAAGAAAGGAGACAAGAAAUAUGUUUCAAGAGUAAAGAAAGAAAAGCCAGCAAUCUCUGAAACAAUUAAAACAGUCGCAACCUUGUUUCCUGUGCAAAUAGAGCACAAUUAUGGACGAUUGCUUGACCUUCAAAGUGAGGAGAUAACGUUACCCAAACCUGACAAAAUUCACGUGGCCAAUAUAAGCGAUCUGCAGUUGCUUCACGAACCGCGAGUGAGCAAAGUCGAAGAGCAUAAGGAGCUUCCGACAGACCCUAUUGAGAAAAUCACAGUGAGUGUGGAUGCAAAAGUAGAUGUGAUGAGCAAAUCUCCUCCACCUCUAGAGGCGCUUUUCAAAGUCAUCCAAGAAACCAGCAUCACGAAACACUCCUUCGCCGGUAAAGACAUUUCCGACAUGGAUGAGUUAGAAGUCGUGAACACGUGUUCCCUGCAGGACAGCGUACAAAGUACCGACAUGGCAAAAGUGUUUCUCCCGGAUGCAGAAGCAUUUCUGGAUGACGAUAUUGAGAUUGAACAUUGUGUGGUGGAGAUCGAAACUUAUGAGGAUUUGGAGGAGGAGGACACAGUGAAAAAACAAACAGGUGAAGCUGUGACGUGUAAGGAGGUCACUUCUUCGCCCUCUUUGCCCCAGGAAAGUGCGACGGACUCCUCGCAAGGGCUUCCUAAAAAGCAGGCCAUGAACCCGCAGGCUCGGACGAAGGCACGUCUGGCGGCUUUAGCUGAAGAAAGGGCGGCUGCCGCUAAGAAACCCCCACCUCGACAGCUCAACCUCCUUGCUCUCUGUGAAGAAAUCGCAGAUGAUAUUGCAUCCGAUGCUCCGGGAACUUCAGAUGAGAAAAAUAUUGAGCAACAACAGGAGGCGAGUGAAUCAACGGAGGUUUGCGAAACCGAAAAAGAGGCAUCUGAAAAUGCUGCACCGCCCGAAACUUCUAGUGUUGAUGAUCUGAACACUGAUGAUCCCAAACCUGAGGAUGGUACGGCCAAGAAACGUUUUUUCCUCAGCCAGGUGUCUUUGCCACUCAAGACCCAGGAGAAGAAGAAACUCUCCCGCUAUCAGAGGCUCAGGCAGGUGGAGCUUCAGCGGGAUAAGUUAACUUGGACCCGUGUUAAGAAGCUGAAGUCGGAUCAGGCAAGUCAGGCUGGUUCUUCCAAGGAGACCGACGCUCCAUCGGUCUCGCCCAGCCCGGCCACCACCCCUGCACAGGUUCCUGUGCCAGAAAGCGUGCCCAAAGUAGGCUCCAAUGAACCCAGGAGGGCACUUCCGGCUCAGGCGCCACCCAUGCCUAAUGGAAUCACCAGCCCCAAACCCAAACCAGUUGUGGAAUAUAAAGCCUACACUCCCAGAUGCAAGUAUUCACCAGAUGACUUUGAGCUCGAUGGUCUUGAAGAGGAGACGAGCAAACCAGCAGCACCCAAAAAUGAGGUCAAACCAGAGCAGUCCUCUUCAUCAGCUAAAGUGCAGCCCAAACAAGCAGUGGAGAGAAAGCCAUGCGUCCCCACUACUGCAGAUAAUAAGCUGAAACCCUCUCCCCAGCAAGAACCUGACCAAAAGACGCAGACAGAAAACAGCAACCGGGAAAAUUCUAGUGUUGAACCUGGAGCAGAACAGAAGAAAGAGGACAAAACCAGUCCCAAACCUGCCAGUACAGCAGCACAGUCCGGCAAUGAUGCUGGUCAGAAGGCAUUUGGUGCGGUGACGUGUAACGUGUGUGGGAUGCUGUACUCUCCUACCAGCCCAGAGGACGAAUCCCAACACCUCCUCUUCCACAACCAGUUCAUCAGCGCUGUCAGAUAUGUGGGCUGGAAGAAGGAGAGAAUCUUGGGAGAGUAUCCUGAUGGCAAGAUUAUUCUUGUUCUCCCUGAUGAUCCUAAGUACGCACUUAAAAAGGUUGAGGAGAUCAGAGAAAUGGUGGACAAUGACUUGGGCUUCCAGCAAGUGGAGACCAAAGUCCCAUCACAGACCAAAACCUUCCUCUUCAUUUCAAAUGAUAAGAAAGUCACAGGCUGUCUAAUCGCCGAGCACAUACAAGAGGGAUACAGGGUUAUAGAGGAGUCCGUGCCGGAGGGUUCAGAAGGAGAGAAAGUCAUGUAUGAGCGUCAGAGGGCCUGGUGCUGCUCUACCGUACCUGAGCCGGCGCUCUGUGGCAUCAGUCGCAUUUGGGUGUUCAGCAUGAUGAGACGGAGAGGCAUCGCCUCACGCAUGAUAGAGUGCCUCAGGAAUAAUUUCAUCUAUGGGUCUCAUCUAAGUAAAGACGAAAUUGCCUUCUCCGAUCCCACGCCUGACGGCAAACUCUUCGCAACACAUUACUGUGGAACCUCUCAGUUUUUGGUCUACAACUUUGUAAGCGGCAAUCGCUCAACCUGACAGGACGUGGACAUAGAGCUCAGUUUUAAAAUAUUGACAUUUGAGAAGAGGACUGGACUUAGAAGACUUUAUUUCACUAUACCAAACAGUGCAAAAAUGAAGUGAGAGAACAGAAACCGACCUUAGGAUGUUUUAAAGGCUCUUUUUGUUCAGAGUCUUGCUUUGAAUUGGUAAACAUUGGCACAGGAGGUGUAGGAUGCAAAGUUAGACACUGAUAUCUAACCCUCACAGCCAGUUUGACGUAUUUUAAUAAGCCUGCAGAGUAGCUUAUGCCUGAUGCAUUGUUCAGUGAAAGACAUCUAAACUGUUCUCUCAGGUUUAGGUUGCAGCCUAUUUUAGGACUCACUGUUUAGUGGAAGCCAUGUAGUCCAGUGCACAAUUGCAAAAUCAGUGUAAGUACUUCUUCCUAGAACAUAUAGGAAGACGUGUGAACUUUUUUACUGUAAGCAAUGCCUCGGUCGUGAGGCGACGACUUUUGAAUCUCAGGUUGAAAAACAUCAUAUGAAUUUGUCAUCGAAAUCUCCCUUUAACCCCUACAUCAUGUCAGCUAUUUUCAAAGAGAGAGUAUUUUCCUGAUACAGUGUGUUCCAUGUGCAUUUUAAAGAGGUUUACAUGCAUGGCAUUGACAUCGAUAGAUGGCAGAUGAUUUCAAAGAAGUCGCUGGUUUUGCACAACACUGUGCAGAAUGAAUAUGAUUCAUUUGUUUUUAAAACACAAGUGUAAUAAUUCAGAAUGUUUGCCCGGUCAUAGUAUUCCAUCUCAUUUUAAUAUUUUUUAGAAUGAUUUUAUGUAUGUAUAUGUAUUUUGAUUGAAUUAUAUUAAUUUACUCAUGACUACAGAUGGCUCUUUCGUUAUCUUCACUAGCAGGACAAAGGGUUAAAAUCAC